GCCGUUUCCCUAAAGUAUUGUACUUCGAUUGCUCCGAAACUAGUUUGUUGUUUGAAACUUGUUUGUUUCAACUUCCAUUAAAGAGAUCCGUGCUAUUUGAACCGAACCGGAAUUCGCUUGCCCUCCGUCCUUUCUUCGUUAAUAGCAGAGCCUCGCUUUGCCUGAAUUUGUUAAGUUUAAUUCUCGGCCCAGCUGCUGCGUCCUAUAAAAUGCUCCGCCUGGGCCAAGCAACCGCUGUGUUGCGAUUACUUUCUACAGAGAGCUGCCUGGGGACUGUAGGCAUCUCCCCGAGAAGACCCUCGUCCGGAGAGAAGAAAAAAGAGAUCCUGUUACACGUGCACGGAAAGGCAGGCUGCGGAAUCACAGAAAUUCAGAUGAACAGACCACAUGCCAGAAAUGCCCUGGGGAAAGUGUUUGUGGAUGAACUAUAUGAAAUCCUUGAUGUUCUUCAUUUUGAUGACAGUAUCCGUGCUGUAAUAAUCAAAAGCAAAGUAAAGGGUGUUUUUUGUGCUGGUGCCGACUUAAAAGAGCGAGCCCGAAUGAGCGAUGCUGAAGCUGAUCAUUUUGUUCAGAGGCUCAGAAGUUUAAUGGACAACAUUGCUGCAUUACCAAUGCCGACUAUUGCUGCAAUCGAUGGUUAUGCCUUGGGUGGCGGCUUGGAAAUGGCCCUAGCUUGUGAUCUUCGAGUAGCAGCAUCAUCGGCUAAAAUGGGUUUAAUUGAAACUACCAGAGGACUUCUCCCUGGGGCAGGUGGAACCCAGCGCUUAUCACGCUACAUUGGCCUUGGCCUAGCCAAGGAGCUCAUUUUCACUGGCAGACAGAUUGAUGGGCAAGAGGCUUUCUCCAUGGGGCUACUUAAUCACACAGUACCACAGAAUGAGGAAGGGGAUGCAGCAUACCGAAAGGCAUUGGCUUUAGCUGAAGAAAUAGUUCCUCAGGCUCCAAUAGCUGUGAGACUGAGUAAAUUGGCUAUAAACAAAGGGAUUGAGGUUGAUAUUGCUUCAGGAAUGGCUAUUGAAAGAAUGUGCUAUGCCCAGAAUCUCCCUACUAGAGACCGUCAGGAAGGAAUGGCUGCUUUCAGUGAGAAACGACUUCCAAAAUUCACUGGUAAAUGAGGCUAAAACACCAUUUCUGAAAGUGCCUGAAUACAAGGAGGUGAUCAAAAGGCUGUGCCUUAUUGAAAAGCUUUUCCUUAUAUGCUUUAUACUUUUUUUUUGCCUGAAAUCUCUUUUUGAUGUCAAGAACUAAACCAUAAUAAUGUAAAGGGUAUUACUAUUCAAAUAUGACAGUGAUA